AUGGUCUAGGGUUAUUUAAAAUACGUGCUGUGAUUCACUGCUUUUAUACAAUUUGCUGUGGUGAAGUCACUUAAAUAGUGAAGUCAACAAUCCCCUGGGCAAAGAAAGAUAAUGUAGUUUUAAGUGUACUGUAAAAAAUGAAAUUUGAUAGCUUCAACUCUAUAAUCCUAUCUAGGUUUUGGUUGUAUUAAAAGGAGAAUAGAUACAUGUGUCAGUUUUGGAGCAUCAUCUUUUACUUUUAGUUUUUUUAAGGCUGAUAAAUGUGCUUCAAACAAGCAACACACCAGUUUAUUAAUGUGAAUGUUUUGCUAAAUGCUACAUGCUUAACGUAAUCCCCAUUCCUUUAUAAUAAGUUUAAAUAUUAAUUCUUUGGAAUGCUAGAUGCCUAAAGCUAGAUAGAAAUGCUGUGCAGUUUCAGAUAUCUAGGAGUGGGCUUGUGAAACAGGAUAUUUAACUGGGAGAGAUGAGUAGCACAUUUCAGAGUUAUUAGGGCAGAACAACAAUGCAAGAGGAUGACUUAGAAAAAAGCAAUAAAAUUGUUUUCUGUGCAUAAGGCUUAAAUACCUUAGAGUUAUUUAUUGAAACACAGUGGUAGAUUUCCUACGUAUGUAGGUUCUUGAUUGCAUUUUUUAUUAUCAUUUUGUUUAACUUAUUUUUAGCCGCCCGCCCCUCUCUAAAGCAGCUGGCUUUGAUUUAACCUGAAUCCUUCUCUUAGAGUAAAUGAUCACUCACUUACGAAGGCUGUGUUAUGCUCUUUGAUGGAACAUCUCUGUCGGGGCAGACGCUUGAGAGGGAAGACUAAAUAGGAUAGGAAGGGUGCUCGAGGAAAGCAGCAGUUUGCAUUCAGAAGGACUCACUUUAAACCAGCUCUUGCUUACUGUUCCUUAUGUAAGUAAGUCUUGCCGGCCUCCCAGCUGCCAUCUGUGCUGGACAGAGAAGAGAGAGUUAAAGUGAGAGCAGAUAAAAGAGGAAAUUUGUGUUUUAUUACCCAGUAUUUUCUGGGAAAAUCCCAGAAAGAAUUUAACAUGAGAUUUCAUAACUCUUGCUUUUCCCUGCUGCUCCUGCUGAGAUUGCAGGGAGUUGUAGCAUUGACUUCAGGAAGAGGCCAGUACUGAAUGGUUUUGAAAAUCCCAUCCAUGCUUUUGAGGCACAGAGAAGAAGAUCCAAGUGUUAAACUCUGUCCUGAAGUGAGAAGUGCACAAGCUGAAGCAGCACAAUAGCUCGGAUGCCAAACUCAGUUGGAACUUGAACGGUGGCUACAACCAUUGUAACUUGAUCUCUGAGAAGAAGAACAUGAUGGACAUGGAGAUGACAAGUAGCUCGGUACCUGUCUGCAGACAAGGUCUGUUCAUCCACACAGGGAACUCCCUGAUGCGAGACCACCCACUGUCCUGUGAGAGACUGCUUCAUGUUGGUCAGCUGAACUUGACACACUCCGAUAUAAGGUCACCCAGGUUUCAAGACUCAGUUGAUUCUGCUGCUCCAUGCCUGAAUGGAAGUCACCCGGCUCAGCACAUUAAACAAGAAUGCCCGAGUGAUUAUAAGGUUCUGUCUGAGGCUUCCACACAUAGGAGGAUUACGGAGGGGAUGGAGCUAAGAGCCUCUGGUAGUCUGCAUCCUGAAAUAGACCUAAUGAAUAAUAGCUUUACAAAUUCACUUUCAUCCUACUUGUUUAAUAAUGAACAUAGCUCCUCCCUGGGUCCUUUGUCACUUGGCACCCCUCAGCACUCGGCCAGGCUACAAACAAGCAACCUGAAGAAGAGAUGCAUCUCUGUUGUGCCGUCUUCAUCUGAAGGAAUUGAUAUUACAGCUAUCAUCCGCACAUCACAGACGUCACUGGUCACCUGUGUGAAUGGACUGCGAACUAAUUCAGCUGGCAUUUCCUCUCAGCCUGUGGAGAUCAGUCAUCACAGUGCUCAGAAAUCCUCUCGGCCCCAGUCUUGCUCUCAGCCUGGAAACCCUUGCAGUAUUCCCUCCCCUCCAGCAUGUCUUGUACCUAUUUCUGCUGAAUGUGACAGAGGUGACUGUGAGCAGAUACAAAUGCAGCAAGUCGAGGAGAAUGGAAGCCUCAGCCUUCUGAUGAAUGGUACUAGCAUCCCCCAUCAAAACACCUUGCACGGCACCCAGAAGGUGAGUUUCUUAAAACAAGAACCGGCUGAUGAUUAUUCCUCCACUGCUGAUCUUUUUCGACAUCACCAGGGGCUGCCUCCUCCUUACCAUCUACACCAGCAGCUAAGCCAGGCUCAAGGGACGCUGCCUCACUUACACGCCUCUAUGUCUCCAAAGUCCCUGCAGCCCAGCGAUGGGGACGAACAGGACCUCAGCAAUGGCAAACAGGUCUGUCAGUGGAUUGACUGCAGUGCCACUUACGACCAACAAGAUGAACUGGUCAGACACAUAGAAAAGACUCACAUUGACCAGCGGAAAGGAGAGGACUUCACUUGCUUUUGGGCAGGCUGUGUCCGCCGUUAUAAACCCUUCAAUGCUCGAUACAAACUGCUGAUUCAUAUGAGGGUUCAUUCUGGAGAAAAACCAAACAAGUGCAUGUUUGAAGGGUGCAACAAGGCAUUUUCUAGGCUUGAGAACCUUAAGAUUCACCUCCGGAGCCACACUGGGGAGAAGCCAUACCUGUGUCAGCAUCCCGGCUGCCAGAAAGCUUUCAGCAACUCCAGCGACCGGGCAAAGCAUCAGCGAACACACCUGGAUACCAAGCCCUAUGCCUGUCAGAUUCCUGGCUGCUCCAAACGCUACACCGACCCCAGCUCCCUGCGCAAGCACGUGAAAGCUCAUUCUGCCAAAGAACAGCAGGUGCGUAAGAAGCUAAAUUCCUGUACGGACAUUGAACAAGAUGUACUAAGUGAAUGCUUAGCUAUGCAACAGCUCCACACAUCUUCACAACACAUUUUGGAUGGCAAGUGUGGUAGAUCUGUAGGUCAUCAUGAUUUAAUUACAGGCAUGUACAGUGGCUCCAGCGCUAACCAUAACGGUCCCUCACCAGGUAUAUUGGCACCUCCUCAUGACAUCCCUUCAAGACACCAUUCACUCGACUCUACCCUUUCCAGCCCACAUCACCACCAGUCACCGUUGGAGAGUGCCAGGGAUGGGCUUGCUCCCAACAUAAUCUCUCCACUUGUCAGCCCCCUGAAAGCAUUAGUUCCACCUUCACUAUUGCAGAAACAUGGUUCUCCAUCAUCACACAGCCAGUCACCAAAUGGGCAGCAAUUUUCUGGGAUACCAAAUAAACCAUACACGCAAUUUCAAAACCAGUCUGUACAGCAGGGAUCUCAAGGUUACCAAGGCAGCUUUCACUCUAUACAAAACUGUUUCCACUAUGGAGACUGCUACAGAACAAUGGACCAGUCUGUCACCAGUGAUGUCCUCACAGGGGAAUCCCACUGCUUUAAUCCUCUGAGACAGAAUGGCUAUCACAUACUCAAUGCACCUUUAGCUUCAACAGGCUAUGAUGCAAUCUCUGAAGCACAGUGUGUAUCUGAAGAUAUGGUCUCCAAUGGAACUGAUGAAAGUGGAUUCUUCCAGAAUGGCGCCUUUGAUCACUGCUUGAAUCACAUUCCUUCCAUCUAUACAGAUACCUAAGAGCAGUGCUGACCCUGUUGCCUUUAUUAUACUUAUAACUGAGUAUGUAAUAACAAAGGUGUUGUUCAAGUACUUCUAUUUAGUCUGUAUCCCUAUAUGUGCUCAUUUAAACAAACACCUCACAUUUACCAAACCAUUUUAUACAUGAAUAGUCUGUAUAAGAUAAUAUUGGAACCUGUUCCUUUGCUGUGGCACUUUGAAAUUCAUGCUUUAAGGGAAUGAGGAGCAUUUCAAGCAGCUUGUUUUGUAAGUUCUCUCAGUAAAGUGUAAAUGUAAGUUAUAUAAUAAACUUGUAAAGAAG